AUGGACGAGUACGAGGAGGCUGUUUUGUUCACAUUCUCGCUGCUGGAGUCGAGGCUGGAUCGUCUAGAAUAUGUUUUGGGUGGACAAGAGGAGACGACCGAGGGGAAGCCGAAGACUGUCCCCGACCGCAUACACAAGAUCGAAAGGUCACUGCAGGAGCUAGCGGGGAAGACAGCGCUGCUUGAUGAAGCGCAUGAGCUACUGAGCAAGCACAAGGACGUCCUCGAGCCAGAAGAUGACGCCGACGAUGAAGACAGUCCAUCCCUCGACAACACGCAGAAAGCCGUCGUAGUCGUAGAGCGCGCACCUGGCUUCGCAACCACGGCGUCGCAGCUCAAGGCCCUCGACGACCAACAACUGCCGACUACAGACGGCUUCGCCAAGCUCGCUAUGCUACGACCGCGCAUUGCAGAAGCAGAGGACCGCCAGCUGCAACAAGCACUGAAGAUAUCGGAGCUGAGGAGAAAAAAUGGACUCGUCAACCAGCGGUAUAAGCAGGUAAUGCUCCUCGGCGCAGGCAGAUGCUGGGUCGAGCACCACGAGAAGCUCACCAAGGCGCUGAGAACGGUGGUCAGGGAAGAGUUCAAGCGGAAGCCGGAAAAGGAAGCAGCGGAAGAGCUAUGA